CGUGGUCUUCUUUUACUUAAAACAAACACACGCUCUCCUCGUUCUCCUCCUUCUUCGUGCUCUCCGCCUCUUCUGUCUUUCUCUCAGAUCUCUCUUCCUCUUUCCUUGAAUCUAUCGUAAUCGAUUCUAAUGGCUUCUACAACUGGUGCUUCAUUGAAAUUCACUUCCCUUUCAUCUUCUUUCAAGCAGACACAGGUUCCUCUUCGUGGGGUCUCCAAUGUCAACUCAGUCAGCUUCCCAUCUCUUAGAAUGCGACCAGGGUCAUUGCGCUUCCGCGUUUCCUGCGCGGCCAAACCAGAGACAGUGAACAAAGUUUGUGAAAUAGUGAGGAAGCAACUGGCACUACCUGAUGAUUCUUCCGUCACCGGGGAGUCAAAGUUUUCUACACUUGGAGCUGAUUCCCUUGACACGGUCGAGAUUGUGAUGGGACUCGAGGAGGAGUUCGGAAUCAGUGUGGAAGAAGAAAGCGCCCAGAGUAUUAGCACCGUUCAGGAUGCAGCUGACCUGAUUGAGAAGCUCAUGGAUAAGAACUGUGCUUAAAUUGCAAACAGCCCAAGACAAGUCACUUAUGAACCCCUUUUUUGCCCCUCCUAUGUGGGCAUACCGUUGGCUUUGUUUUGUUGCUUAUGGAACGUUUAAAACCUAAUAUAGUAUCUUACCUGAUGAAUCCACCCGAAGUUUGGCUGUUUACCUUUAUCCUUACAGCUUAUGUAGAACUCCAAUGUCUCAUUUCCCUGUUGUCCGUAGGCAUUUGUUUCAUUAUGUUAUCAUAAAAUACAUUGCUCAAGGCCAUAGAGCAUGUUUCCACCUGGAAAAUCUAUGAAUUAUGCUGCUUACUACUUUA